UUUUUUUCUAUGUAGACACGACUGCAUACACCAUCGCAGUUAUUCAACACUAAGAACUCCCCUCGCUACAAGAGUUUGUGAUGAAUAUCGGUGUUUUACCUUGGGCAGAGGCCCGUCAACUUUUCUUGGGGUGCAGCUCUUUGACAGCUAUCACACAAUUCUUUUGUUUCACGCAGCUCCGCACCCUGCAGCUCGACUUUCGUCAUCGCUGCUUCAACCUUGAUGAUAACCUUCUUUUGGCAGCCAUGUCAAGUUGGCCAGUGGACGAGGAGACGGUCCCUACCGUCACAUAUCGCGGACUGUUCGCAGCGCCCCCUCGAUGUCCCUAGUGGGGGCGACGGCACUGCUAGGCUGUGUACCGAGGCGAUAUCAACUGAUACAUUGCACAAUAUCAAAACACACCUGCGACUGGCCUCCUCUCCGGUGAACCAUUAUCUGAGCCCGAGGUCCAUCAUUUUGCGCAUCACACCUCCCAUGUGCGCUCAUUGGUCAUCUUUUCAUGAGCAUUUUCACCUUUACUCGGUCCUUCCCUUCGAGACAUGCGUAUUCCCAGGUUUCUGUCACGGACUGAUGUUUGUGGAGUUCAAAUAUGCUAAUCAGCCUUGGUGCCAUCACGGAUAUCAGAAAGAUCUCUCGACGGCUACUCCUAGUACCCGAAACGGCACGACGACUCUAGCAGCUGGACCUGCUAGACCGAAGCAAUGCUACUCAUUGAUGUGCAACACGGAAGCAGACACAAGACGACGUAGUGCAUAUAUGUGGAGACAACAAAACUCUACCCAACGAACACUUCUGCAAGGUGGCACUUCCAAACAAUGUAAUUCUCGAGUUUUACCUUCGGAACACAUUGCCUGAGAGUGAGACGAGGAAUCGGGAAAGGAUAGGUAGGAACGCUAGUAAAGUCAAAAACAUUCGGCACCGCUUUACAUGCUGCAUUUGCGUAAACUGAUGGUACAACAAUUAUCCUAUUUCAGAAACAAAACAAAUACAUGUCGCGAGUAUCUGCAUCCCAGUGCUUAUUCUGC